AUGCAGUGCCAACGCUGCUAUUCCUUCUCUCCCCAUCCGGGGGCUCUCUUUUGCACUCAAUGUGGAGGUGCACUUCGGACGCCAAAUGCACCUAUACAGGGAGCGCUUCCUCAAACUCAACCUGGAUACCAAGCUCAGCCGUAUGAUCAUGAUCAACCCUUCCCGAGCCAACCUCAGGCUUCCACCGUGCCUCUCCAGCCACCUGUAGGAUACGAAAACUACUCCACGACUGCGCCACCUCAAGCAGGGUGCCAAAAUGUGAAUGGGCCUCCAGUGUCUGAAGCAGGAUUUGCCAAGUACUCCGCAUCCAAAACCCAUCAGCUUGCAUAUCAAAACAAUUCUCUCCUCGUGGGGCCUGAAGCCCAGCAUGAGAAGGUUGGCGCAAGUUCCGCAUUUAUUGCUCCACGACCAUCUGCAUCCACAGCUGAAACGCAACAAGAGCUGCUGAAUCUGAAGGCCGAUCAAAGCCUUGAAAAUGUGGGAAACGAUUUGAAAGAAAGAGUGGAAAAAUCCACGACUGAGGCGCUAUUGAAAAAGGGCACCGGAGAACAGCAAUUCUCGAGCCCAUAUGGAGCCGAACCCAAGCCCUAUCCCAAGUCAAAUUCCCAAACACUGCAAUCAGAUCAGCCACCACCACAGAAGGAUUGCCAGACGCACCAGCGCAAAGAGGUGGAACACAAAAAGCGAAAGGUGUCAGAGGAUGCGUUCCCCAGAGUGGGUGUAAACCCUCCAGAAACAAAUUACCGAAAUGCCCUCAGUUCCAAGACCACAAACCCGAGCGAGCCAGAGAUGCCUGCCGUCCCUUGCGGACCACGCAAUCAGAAUGUUUGGCCAGAAGAUCAUUGGCCAAGUGACAAGCAUACGCUUGGAUUCAUUCGCCAAAAGGUGUUCCCGAACUGCAAGUGUACCAUCUGCAAGUACCCGCAUCCUAGCAAACUGCAUUACACGGCCAUCGACAUGUUUGAGGCCUGGAGAGAACGAAGCUCGGGCCCAGGUCUGUGUGAAAACUGUCACAAGUGGGGCCAUACCGUGGCAGAGUGUGGGCUGGGCGAAUGGCGAGAUUUGCCUGAUAACCCUCCCAUCGACGAUAAACUUUCUGCACAAUACAGUCAGUACUUGCGACCAUGGCCUCCACGUACGAACAGGACUCCGUUCCCAAUCUACUACUACAUGCCUAAACGUUCUAAAGGUAGCGCUGCAUGGCCAGACCUGCCACCACCGUAUAGCAAGACGGGCAUUCAAGCUGGCCUUGUUGAUGUUCACUACGGAAUUCGAUACUCACUAGAGCUCUUCCUCUGGAAGAAUAACAGGGGGCCAAAGCCAAACUACGAUCCGGCCAAGCAUAGGCCAUAUUUCUGGUCCCCGAACGGAGGAGCACGACCCGGAGAGGGGAGAUCACCUCUGAAAGAAGACGCCCGUGUUACUCCACGAGACUCUGAAAAGACUGCUCAACCGCCCACAAAACCGAGUGUGGAAGCAGGCAAACAGACAUCGCUUAACGCUUUUGACGAUGGUUUCCGCGGUGUGGACCAUCAUCCUCUUAUGCCAAACCCCGGGUAUGAUGAUAAACUCCGGACUUGGUUCAACGAAGCAUUCAUGGCAGCAAUACUUCCAAAUUUGAUUAAGGAAGACGAUCAGUUCUUGAGCAGAGUCCACAGACAAUUCAAAGAAGCCAGAGUCAACUACGAGAAGCGUGAAAAUGCGACAGAGUUGAAGACCAUGCUCAAUUUACUCGCCCAGGGUUGGGAAAUCCUUGCACCUUACAUUCCAGCUUGGUGGCCGGGCACAUGGAGAAUGCCCAUAUCUCUCCAUCAAAAGCUCCUGGACCGUGCCAAAAAACGACAGCAAGCUGUCGACGAGCGACAGUCCGCAAAACCAGUAGGCCAACCACCAAAGGACCCUUCCGCGCUCGAGCGGUCAGUUGGCGAAUUACAAGAUCCAUAUCUUCCAGUACUUGUGGAAGACGAUCGAAAGAUUGAUGUGCGCACGCUCGAUUACUCCAAGACUACUUCCGAACAGCGAAAGCACCCAGGAUUGCGGCCUAAAGGUCGAGAGGAAGCACAGGCACAUAUCACCCACUGUGUUCAAUUUCACGAGAUCAACAUGUCUAGCUGGAAGAAAGCGAGCCGCUACACCCAAUGGUUCUUGGAGGCAUGGAAGCAUAUUGAGAUGAACACUUAUCUCGUCUUUCGAAUGGUGAACAGAGUCGAUGUCUUGGACGGACGUCUCAGCAAGUCUGAAUCAGACACAAGAUUGGAGUCACAACGCAAGAUAAUCAAUGACCUCGGAGGAAGACUUCUGCGGCGAACCAUGGUACUUGUUCAGAAUCUUGGAAAAGAAUGCGAGAGUCUCAAACAACGCAAGCAUACAAUGGAAGAAUUUGACCAACUCGAAGCGCGCCUUAUUGACCGGUGGGAUAAUUUCAACAGACAUGUUACCAUUGACAUUAACAAGGCGUUCAAUGGGCUAAGUCAGCAGGGAGUACAAAUGUACGAAGCAUUAAAAGCAUGGCUGGAUGAAGACGACUUCUACCCGACUUGGAAAAAUGCAACUGGUGGCCUACUUCCUCAACGAAGUUCUGAGGAGUGCGUUCUUCCAUUGUGGCUCUGGCCAGCCGCGUUUCAGGAGGCCUGGAUACACGACUUCCACAUGGGAUAG